AUGUCUAAGGUUGACAGGUUAAAGAGUGCAAUCUUCGGCCAGAGGAAGAUUGAUGCCUUUAGGGGCCAACUAGAUAACUAUAAAGCCACACUUCAACUUGCACUCACGACUGUAGUAAUAUAUGCUAGGCUCUCCAAUCCAGCAUUUACGCCGGACACAAUAUCCGAGAAGGCUCAACAGCUGGAAAAACAUGAAAAGGAUAUCGGGAAAAAGAUGGCCGUGACAAAAGGGGUUGAAACUAACAUUGAGGAGAAGAUAAGACAGCUAAACAUAGCUUCAGACAUUGCAAGCAAUAACGCAGGACAGGUACAACAGGAGCCCUUUCCAGCCUCGGUGGAUGACGAGUCCAAAGAAGAAAUGAAGGAGCUGAUAAGCGAGCUGCAGCACCUGAAGUCCUCGAGCCAGGCAUACUGCCAGCUUAGCGAGGAGGCUCUCAGCAAGACAAUGUCCGAACGUACUGGAACCAAUGUGUCGAUAAGAGGAGUUACAGUGAAAGAACAGGGACUCGCAAUCAGUGGCGUCAUUUCAGAAACGAGUGAAGAGCUCAAGAUUCAGCUGGACAUCUCAAAUGUCACUGUCAGAGACCAGGGCAUUGCGGUAAGCGUGGUUGCAGACAAACUAGACCUCAGUGCAAUUUUUGCUGCGUGCAACAAAGGUGUGAGACUCCAUGCAGGAGACAAAAAACCCAUCGAAAGCAAUGGACAUAUUCUUGGUCGUCAAACAACUGCAGACAAUGCUGGAGUGGCUGAGGUCCAGUCGCCUGCUGAACAGGUCAGGACUAACCGCAUACUACGCUUCUCUUAG